UUCCGGAUCGAUCACGAUCACAAAGCAAAAUGUCAUCAGACAAGGAGUGCGAUGAUGAGAGUUUUUCCUAUAGUGAAAGUGCAUGUGAGGAAUCAAAACAGAUAGAUAAAAACACGGGAGAUCGAUAUGAAGAGUGCAUCACGGGAAAGGCAGAAAGAGAUCUGCAUUCAUACAGUGCUCCUCAACCCUCCACAGAUCCAAGUGAUAAGCUAUUUGAUGUAGAUUCAAGUUGGCUGAGGGAUAAAAUGCUAGAUUCUACCAUAAAAGUGAAGGUCACGCCAAUGCUAUUGAUCAAUUGUGGGCUACCAAGCAGCAGGAAAACCACAGCAUUAAAGAAGCUCUUGCAAGCAGCUUCAAAUUUAAAGGCAGAAGAUGGUAUUGGGUUUUGUGAUGUGUAUGCUGCUCGAAAUUUACUCGACAAUAAGAUUGUGUUUAUAUCUCCACUACAAAAAACCGAAGGGUAUUCAUUAGUAAUGUAUGCAGGAGUAGAAAAUGUGGCUCGGUCAUCUGCCAAAAAAAUUAGAGUGCGACCAUCACAUUUUUCUGGAUUCUCUAAUCAAGAUCUAAACGAUCACUUUACAGCUAUUAUAAAGGGCCUGCAUAAAAAUCAUCUCAAAAAGCCAUGUGAGUUCACUGAAUGGGAUCAAAGCCACACGUGUGGAUUAGCUCUCAUUAAUGUUUGGGAUCUUGGUCUUAACAAGAUACCAACUUACGUUCUCUCACAUCUUGCUGGUCAUCUCUACAAUAGUCAUGUUUGGAUGUUUCUUGAUCUGCUACGUGAUGUUGAUCAUCUUUAUGAAGUUCCUGAUAUUCCAGAGAAUCAAUAUGAGAAGUCACGUAAUGACAGGGAGCUCAUAAUGAGGUGGAGAUCACGUAUUCGUUAUUUUAUUCGCUUUGCUAAAUUUGCUUCAAUGAAAAAUGGAAAUC